CCGUCAAAAGCGUUCUAACAGUCGCUCCGAGCGGUCGCGAUCUUCGGUUUUUAGAGUGCCAACAACUAGCUUAUCGCUUUUACGUGCGCAUCUCACGUAGCAGAUAAGGGGAUUUUACCAUAACAUCCAAUACAUAAUGAUAAGUGCCGAAUUACAAGGCUCCUACGGAUGGUUCUACUUUGGCUUUUGCACGUGGAUAUCCCACAUUCUUCUGGCGGGGAUCACCAUAGCCAUUGUUUACAAGUGUCUGGUGCUCAAGCUGGUACACACAGCCGGCCAUGCGUUUUAUUGUACGAUCGCCUUUGUUUUCUUCAUGGGCGAGGCGCUGCUUGUGCGGAAUAGCACAUAUCUGGAGUCCUGGUUGGGUCCUCUGAACCUUAACCGCCUGCAUGCAGCUUUGGGGCUUUUGGCUUUCGUGGUCGGAGUCGGUGGGAUUGGGAUCAAGACAUGGCAGAAGCUGGAGCGCAAAUGGGAAGAUCCCAAUGCCAAUGUCAGGCACUUUAAGAGCAACCACGCGUUUUACGGUAUUGUCGGCUGUGGUCUUCUGCUAGGCAGCGUUCUAAGCGGUCUUCCGCUGUAUUUCAUCAACGGUGGCUUCACCUUGAAACUGCUUCAUCGAUUUUUCGGAUUGUCUGGAUUCAUAGCCCUAAUGGUAUCCCAAAUGUUUGGCUACAACUCCGGAUUUGGUCGGCGACAGUGGAAGGCCCAUCACCAGAAGCUCUUUAAGUUUUUCACAUUUAUCGCUACCAUAACGACUGCCAAUUACGAGUUUCGGAGAUUUGUUCGGGAUGUUGCUGGAGUGGCCACCAAUUACUUCAUUGGAUCAGAUGUAGCUGGUGCUAGAGAAGAUCUUUGAGGCUAUAUCAGGGUAUGAGUAUUUUGACUCUGGAUCCUCAUUACUUCUGGGCAACUUGGAUAUCGAAUUCCGCAACCAAGUAUUGUAGAUUUAUCAGUCACUCAAAAAUAGUUUAUGCAUAACGCGGAACUGAUAAAUAUCCCAACACAUAAACAUUCUUCAUUGUGAAUUGUGAAAAAUGUUAAUAUUAAGUUCGCAAAUGAUUUGCACAUUUUGUUAUCUAGUUUGAGAGGGCUUUGGUUGUCAAUCGUUCUCUACUUAACCAUAUCAUUAGCUAACGAAAAACUAGCCAAGAACAUGACUCAUUUUGACUUUGUGCCUUUAUUGUAAUUUCACAUACAUAUGAUAUUUUGUUGAUUAUUUAAAACAUAAAAUACACACAUUUUCACUUUU